AUGGCAAAUUGCUCGUCAAGGAAAUACUACGUGACUACCUACGUGUACAUCUCCCUGCAACGCGAAGAUCGAAUUUCCCUUUACGAAUUGGACCCCGACUCAGGUGAGCUUACGCGGCGGACGGAAUUUCCGCUGCCGGGCAUGCCGGCGCCUAUGGCAGUGGACCCGCAGCGCCGCUACCUGUUCGUGGGGCGGCGACAGCCCGGCGACUUCGGACUCACCAGUUACGCCAUCAGUCACGAGACCGGACGCCUGAGGGAGUUGGGCGGGGUUCCGCUGGAGGGUGACCCCGUUCAUAUCUCGGUGGAUCGCACCGGAAAAUACCUGCUAUCGGCCCACUACUAUCAGGCACGCGUCGGCGUGCACGGAUUCGGUGAGGACGGCGCGCUUGAUGCCACCCCCAUCGAGUGGCGCGAGACCGGCAUCGGGGCACACUACGUCCAGACCGACCCGUCCAAUCGCUACGCCUACGUGCCGCACAUCGCCGAGGGAGCCCACACCGGCGUGAACGCCAUCUUCCAGUUCCGAUUCGACCAGUUGACGGGAAAACUCUCUGCCUGCGACCCAGACCGUGUGAUCCCUGAUGCUCCGGAGGGUCCGCGCCACUUCUGUUUCCACCCGAACCUGGACGUCUUGUAUUCCUCCAACGAGCAGGGCUGCAGCGUUACUGCAUACCGGUUCGACCGCUCAAGCGGAACUCUCAGCCCAUUCCAGACAGUUCCCACGUUGCCCGAUGGGUAUAGCGAGCGCAACUCCUGCUCUCAGAUCCAGAUAACGCCUUCGGGGAGUUUCCUAUACGCGCCCAACCGGGGUCACAACAGCAUCGCCGGCUUCGCUGUUGACGCGUCCGACGGGACGCUGACCCCCUUGGGGCAGACGCCGACCGAGGACACUCCAAGGGCGUUCAGCCUGGAUCCGACCGGUAACUACCUUUAUGCCUCCGGCCUGGAAUCGGCGCGGCUGGCGAGCUACCGGGUCAACGUCGACACCGGGGCGCUGGAGCCGCUGGAGAUUUACCCCAUCGGCCAGGGACCCAUGUGGGUGCUGAUGGUGGACGUGUAA